AUGUUGGAUGCCAACAAUGUGCUUGUGAAAAUUUAUAGGAUGGUUAGAGAUUGCUUCCAACAGAAUCCUAAUACUACUUUAAAGCUUCUCCUUAUUGGGAAAAGAGAACAAGAUGGUCGGACUUAUAACUUACCUACUUCCUCCGAGGUUGCUGCUCUUAUUGUUGGAGAUAUUGAUAAAGCUCUUGAGAAUAGAGAUAUCGUUGUCGAGACACAAACAGGGUCAUUAAAAAGAAUAAGUGAGUUGCAUCCUUCCUAUCUUGCACUUCAGUAUCCUAUUUUGUUCCCAUAUGGAGACGACGGUUACAGAAUUGACAUACCCCAUAGGGGUGUCAUUGAUGUUACUAACAAGAAACGUCCGAAUUGUACAAUGAGAGAGUUUUUUGCGUAUCGUGUACAAGAUCGUAGUACCCAGUUUUCAUUGAUUCUAAAUUCUCGACGGUUAUUCCAACAGUUCUUGGUUGAUGCUUAUACGAUGAUUGAGAGCGAGCGACUUAACUUUAUAAGAUUUCAGCAACAUGAUCUCAGGUCUGAUACAUAUGAGAAUAUCCGCAAACUAAUAUAUAACGGCCAACAAGAUUUGUCUAAGGUUGGAAAACGUAUUUUCCUUCCAUCUUCUUUUACAGGCGGGUCACGAUAUAUGAUGCAAAACUAUCUUGACGCUAUGGCUAUUUGUAAAUGGUAUGGUUAUCCCGACUUUUUUAUAACCAUUACCUGCAAUCCCAAGUGGCCGGAGGUUCAAAGGUUUCUUAAGGACACAAAUCUUAAUCCGAAGGAUAGGCCUGAUAUUUUAUCACGAAUCUUUAAAAUAAAGCUGGAUGCAAUUUGUAAAGAUUUGAAAGACCGUCAUUUGUUUGGAAAAGCUUCAGCUGUUGUUUACACUAUUGAGUUUCAGAAGCGAGGAUUGCCUCAUGCGCAUAUGUGCUUAUUCAUGGAGAAUGAUUACAAACUUCCAACUGUAGACCAUGUUGAUCAGUUUAUUUCUGCAGAAAUCCCUGAUAUAAACCAAGACCCGGAACUAUAUACGCUUGUGAAAGACCAUAUGAUUCACGGUCCAUGUGGUAACGCUAGAAUGAGCUCUCCAUGUAUGGUUGAUAGAAAAUGUUCAAAAGGUUUUCCCAAGAAAUUUCAAGAUCACUCAACCUUGGAUUGUAACGGAUUUCCCUUAUACAGAAGAAGAGAUGACGGUUCCUUUGUUUUAAAAAAUAGAAUUGAGUUAGACAACAGAAGUGUUGUACCUUACAACAAAAAACUUUUGAAAAGAUAUCAGGCGCAUAUAAACGUUGAAUGGUGCAACCAAGCAGCGUCAAUAAAGUAUUUGUUCAAAUAUAUUAAUAAAGGUCUUGAUAGAGCAACAGUUGCUGUGGUUCUGAGCAAUAAUGAAAACGAGCAAGCAGAAAAUGAUGAAAUUAAAGAGUAUUAUGAUUGUAGGUAUAUAUCGGCUUGUGAAGCCUCUUGGAGGAUUUUUUUGAAUGAAGUUAAUUAUAGGAGUCCUUCUGUUAUGAGGUUGCCUUUCCAUCUUCCUGGACAACAAACAGUUUAUUUCGGUCCUGAUGAAGAUAUUAAUCAGGUGCUAAACAAGCCAUCUGUGAACUCAUCAAUGUUUUUGUCUUGGAUGCAACGUAAUCAAGAUCCUAACGACAUUGUUGCACGUACACUAACAUAUGUACAGUUUCCACGGUUUUAUGUGUGGAAGCUUGACCAGCGUAUAUGGGUUCCGAGAAUAAAAGGAAAAACAAUUGGCAGAAUUCAUUCCGUUUCUCCGUCUACCGGUGAAGCGUACUAUUUAAGAAUUCUUCUUAACAAAGUUAAAGGACCAACAUCGUUUGAUGAUAUUAAAACAGUUAAUGGUCGAGUGUACGAUACUUUUAGAGAUGCUUGCUAUGCGCUUGGUUUGUUGGAUGACGACUCGGAGUACAUUGAGGCCAUCAAAGAAGCAAAUAUAUCAGGUAGCGCAGGUUAUAUUCGCAAUUUAUUCGCCACCAUGUUACUGUCAAGCACUUUAUCUAGACCUAAAGUAGUUUGGGAAAGCACAUGGAAGUAUAUGACAGAUGAUUUUCUGUACAGAUUCUCAAAGUAUCAUCGUGUUUCGGGUUUAUCAAUUCCUGAUGAGCAACUAAAGAACUAUGUUUUAUGCGAAAUUGAGAAGUUUUUAACUCGAAAUAAUUCAUCGCUUCGAAGAUUUGUAUCAAUGCCUUACCCGGAUACUUCAUCUUUAGAUAACUUUCGCUACAGAUUGAUUAAGGAAGAGCUUGCAUAUGACAGAACAUAUUUACAAAAUGUUUAUCAAGGUCAGUUGAUGGAGACAAUGGAGGAGUCAAAAGGUGAGAUCGUAUUAAACGUUGCAUCUAGCAAAAUUGCAUCAUUGUUGUUGGAUGGAGGAAGAACGGCGCAAUCUAGGUUUCAUAUACCUUUGAAUCUUAAUGAGGAUUCCGUUUGUCACAUUAAACCUGACGAUGAUGUAGCUAAAUUACUACAACAGACCAAACUCAUUAUAUGGGAUGAAGCUCCUAUGGUUCAUAAACAUGCAUUUGAGGCUUUGGAUAGAACUAUGCAUGACAUUUUCAAUAUCUCUAAUUCAUCCAGAUCUGUUGUUCUAUUUGGAGGAAAGGUUAUUGUAUUUGGUGGUGAUUUUAGGCAAAUAUUACCUGUUGUUCCAAACGGUGGACGACAAGAAAUUGUGAAUGCCUCAUUAUGUUCGUCUUAUCUGUGGAGGAAGUGUAAGUUGUUGACGUUAACUAGAAACAUGAGGUUAACCGUUGGAAGACCAUCAUUUGAAGUUGAAGAGAUAAAUAAUUUUGCAAAAUGCACAUCUGAUCCAAUUUCUAGCCUUAUUGAUUUUGUAUAUCCGUCAAUCUUGGAUAACUACAAUGAUCGUAAUUACUUUAGUACUAGAGCUAUACUUGCGCCUAAGAACGAGGUUGUUCACGAGAUUAACGACAGAUUGUUGGCACUUUUCCCAGGUGAAGAAAAAGAGUAUCUUAGUUCUGACAGUCUAUGCCCUACUGAAGAUGGCAAUGCUGAUCAGCAAAGAAUAUACUCACCCGACGUGCUGAAUGGUCUUAAAGUAUCUGGUUUACCAAAUCAUAGGUUAGUGCUUCAAGUUGGUGUUCCUGUAAUGUUGUUGCGAAAUAUUGACCAACGAAAUGGUUUGUGUAAUAGUACAAGGUUAAAGGUUACAAAACUUUACAGCCGUGUUAUUGAAGCUGAGAUAAUUUCAGGUGGAAAUAUUGGUUCUCGGACAUUCAUACCUAGAAUGAAUUUGGUACCUUCGGACAGAAAGAUUCCUUUUGCAUUUCAAAGGAGGCAAUUUCCAAUAACGAUUCUCCUGCCAACUUGGUACAACAGAUUGGAUGAUUUAAAGGGUUACCCGACCGGUAAUGUUCUUUUGUUUACAGAUGAAUCUGUAAUGUUUGAUGUUAAUAUCAAGGAGUCUACAAGCGGUUUUUGUAUUUCGAACGAGUGGCCAUCUGUCGUCAGUGUACUUGGUAUAGAAGACGGAGAUUUUGUUGUUUUCCAAAAUAUGGAUGCAUUAUCAUUUAGAAUAACUCACUUCAAAAAUUAUCUACACACGGUGAAUUCUUCAAAGUUCCAUAUUGUUAUGUUACAUCCUCAGUUAAGCAAUCUGUGGUUACCCAGGGAGUUUAUGCAACAUCAUUUCAAUGGUGAUAAUUUGUUUGAUGAUUUUAUUAUCCUGUUUGGCGAGGAUAAUAAGUGGAAUUCACUAACUCCGGACCGUCCUUUACCAGUUGUCCAAAUGGUUAAGAUUGAGGAUCAUGGUAAUGAUGUUGUGUCCUUUGAACAAGAAGCUGUUUUGGAAGAUAAUGUGGUAAAUGUUCCUUCUGAUGUCCUGGUUGAAGAAGCAGAGCCUCCAGUAGAACAAGACAUUUUAGAUGUUCCACCAGAUGUUGAUCAAGCCAAUGAUUACGAACUGACAUGGUUUCUCACCUAUCGUUUUCGUUUUUCGAAGCCCUUUGCCAUGAACAUUGAUUUAUCCGUCCUUGAUGAAAUGACAGUUGAAACUGAAGACGGAUUUUCAAUGACUUUGGAGAUCCGGGAGGAAACUGCACGUGGCAGCAUUCGGUAUGCAUUAAGAGGAUGGCAGAACUUUAUGCUGCAAGCUAGUUUGGCGGAUGGUGGUCAGUUUGAUCUUCGUUACAAUAGAAAUCUGAAUAGGUUGAUCAUAUCUAACCACAACUUUUAA